CAAAGAUGACGUAUGUGCGGCACAGUCUGAAAGAUGGCUGCAUCGUCUUGGCUGCAUGGCCCGUCUGCUAUGCGUCUCACUGAGGGUUUGGUGUCGGUUCUGAAAGAGCAGCGCCCGGAGUAUUUACCGGCUCUGUUGUCCAGCUACAGAGAGCAUGGCGUGUUCUCGACACAGGGCGCUAGUGCUGUUGGAGGUCUCAUGGGUUUUAGCAAUGCCAAACUUGGCUCGAGUAAGACCAGAUUUGAAGGGCUGUGUCUGCUCUCAAUGCUGGUCAAGGACAGCUCCAGUGAAGUGUUCCAGCAGCACUGCCUCUCCUGGCUGCGCUCUCUUCAACAGGUUAUCCAGUCUCAAGCUCCAGUCCAGACCAUUCAGUUAGCAGUGAAUAUUUUAAAAGAUGUGUUGCAGUACUCAUCACAGAUCGCAGAGUUGUCCAGGGAAGUGGGUCUCAACUCCAUCCUGGGCAUUCUUACUUCCCUACUGGGCCUUAAAGCAGAGUGUGAUUUGGCAGCUAUGGAAGGGAUGACAGCUUGUAUGAACUAUUACCCACGAGCUUGCGGUUCAAUGAGGGAUAAAUUUGGAGCUUAUUUUCUUUCAAAAAUGGAUAGCAUUAACAAGAAGACCCAAGAGAUGGCGUGUCAGUGUUAUGGUCGCCUGCCAUGCCUUGGGGGUCUUUUGGAUCGGGGAAUGGGAGGGGGCAGAGCAGAGGGCUGGACCACUCAGAUUCACUGCCUGCUUGCUUCAGCCAAUGUCUUGCUGGAUCAGAUCUACCAGGGAUCAGAAAUGGAAGGAACAAUUCAAUAUGAAGGCCCGGGGGUGGAGUUGGCCUUCCCUCUUCUUGACCAAACAGACCCCCUCCUGGUGCUUCAGCUACAGCACAGAUACACAGCCAUUUGUUUGGCGCUAAAACACACUCUCAGUGUGGAUCCAGCAUCAGCAGUCCGCCUUCCUGUCAGACCAAUACUCAACCUCGUCUGUCGAGCUCUUGCUGUCAGCUCUAAAAGCAUCAAUUUAACAGGUGAUGGGAGUGUGCGGUUGCUGGUCUUGCCUAUCAUUCACACAAACACUCUGGAGGUACUGUCUGCACUUAUUACAGCAACACGUGUGGGAAUGGUUCAGUAUGCUGUGGUACUGCAGAGGUUGUUCUCACAGACUCUGUCAGCUUGGACACCUCUCCCUGAGGCCAGUCUGGGUCAGCAGAGGGCAUACAGCUCCGUAAGGGUGGCAGUGUACAAGGCCUUAGAGCUGUGGCUACAGGUGGCCGGAGCCUCUGCAAACAUUCUCCAGGGCAGCUCUGUUCACUCGGAGCAUCUGUUCAAUCAUCUGCUGGGAGAGAUCACACCGGGAGCCGAGGCCAUCAAGCUUCGAGCCGGUCUCUCUGCUGAUGUGGUGCCUGGAGGAAAGCCUGGUCCUCGCAGAACCAAGACUUUGGUCAUGUCAGACGCGGUGGCACCCAUGCUCCAGAGAAAGGGAGACCAGCUUGCUAAUGUAGACACAUGUAUUUCAGCCCUUAGAGUUCUUAGAGAAAUUAUACUCAGCAGUGGUACACUACUAAAAGAUGACAUCCACAAGCGCCUUCAUGAUGUAGUGUUGCCAUUGUGUGUGCGUCUUCAGCAGCAACAGAAUAGCAGCAACUUGUGUGAAUCAGUAGGGGGCAUCAGUGGCCAAUACAACAGCGCUCUGAGCAGACAUGAACUCUAUAGGCUUUUGCUGGCUUUGGUCCUGGUUCCUUCACCAUGUUGGCCUUCUCCUUUGACCUGCACUGUGUCCAUCCUGAGCAGAGGGCGCACAGACAGAAAUACCAAGGUGUCUUCAUUCUGCACUGAAGCUCUGACAAUCUGUAACCUCCUCCUCCACCCUCGCACCCCCUCCAUCGCCCUGCCGCUACCCCCUCUCACCCUCAAACCCACCCCGUCUGCCACGGGCAUCCAGUCUGCACAAGGACCCAAUCCAGGACUGACUUUGCCCACUCUUCUAGUUGGCGCUAACAGUGCCCCCUCCUUCCCGUCCCGCCACUCUCUGGGCCUGGGUCAUGGCUCCCUGCUGGGCUCUCUGGAGAACCACCUGUCCAUGGUCCCAGGACUCCCAGGACAAGCGCCCUCUGCGGGCGACCUAAUGCACCCUCCUCACCCUGAUUCAGCUCAAUUGGGGCCCCCAGAUGGACAGCGCCCUGUUUUUGUGCGCUAUGACAAAGAAGAAGCCGAGGACGUAGAGAUUUCUUUGGGGAGCGAUUCUGAUGACAGUGUAGUGAUUGUCCCACCAGGUAUGCUCGACAUGAACAACCAGCAAGAAGAAAGUUUACCCACACCUGGUGCUACUAGUGUCCCAUUACCUGGUGGGGAUGCAGUCUCCAUGGCAACCACAACAUCAGCACCCACCACUAUAGAUGGAAUGUCCCUUGCCAAUGAUUUAACCACUUCCUCUCCUCAUCUGACAUCUAACACAACUUCUGUGAACUCAUUCCCCCCUUCUAACGUCUCAGUUGUAUCGUUGGUUCCUCCAAUGGGUCCCAACACGCUCCCAGGCCCCGGUACUUUAGCAGAGCCACUGUCAGGACGACCCCAGCUCCAGCAAAUGCUAAUGCAGCCCAGCACUGCAGCGCCAAUGGGACUCCUGCACCAGCUCCAGAACCAGCUUACCCAACCAUCCAGGACCCUCCAACACCCACCACCUCCACCUGCAGCCAACAACGAGGACUCCGCUGUGAUCAAUAUCAACAGCACCGACGAAGAAGAAGAGGAGGAAGAUGAGGAAGAUAUGGAUGACAUGGAAGAUGAGGAUGAGGAAGGCUUGGAUGAAGAGGAGGAGGAGGGCAGUGAGUAUGCGGGGGAGGAGUUUUAUGACGGUGAAGACUAUGAUGAGUAUGAUGAAGAGGAGCCCGAGGAGCUGGAGGAGGAGGAGGAAGAAGAGGAUGAGGAUGGGGACAUUCCACCACUCGAGGGUUCAGAAGACAAAGCCAACGAGAGUGGGUCAGAGGAGGUGAAGGCGGUCCAAGCUCUGGCAGAGGAGGGACCCAUAGAGGAGCCAUUCAGUGUGGAGGCAGAGACAGAGGGUGGCAUAGAAGAAGUCCAAACACGGGCGUACCCAGAGCUUAAGGUGCAGGAGGUGGAGAGUAUUGGCGUACUGGAGGAGGCCCGGGAGAGCGAAGGCGAGUCUACCAUGGACCCCACCAUGCCCCAGAUCCUGUGUGUGACGGGGGGCGCCAUGGAGGAGGAGGAGACCACGGAGGGCGGGGAGACAUCUCAGGAGGAGGCAGCCACGUGGGAGCAGGGAGAGGACAACAAGGUGGAGAUAGAAGACUCAUCGGAUGAGCAGGUUCCUAUUGGGAAUCAGCAGGCAAAUCAAGUGUGUGAAACAUCGCAGGAGGCUGGUGGCAGUGGAAGUGUUGCCAGUGCUCACCAAGAGGAGGAGCUGGAAGUCUCCCAGACGGGACAGUCAGACAGUGGGUCAGGGCCCACCACAACAGAGCAGGAGCAGGGGCUGACCGAGGACACAGAGGUGGAGGUACAGGAGCAGGAGGGAGAGGCAGAACAAGAUGAGGAAGAGGAGGGGAAAGGAGUGAAGAGGAAGAGGGAGGAGGACACAACGCAAAGUACAGAGAAGAAAAAGUGUGAUGAAGACACCAUGGCCUCCAUGUUGGCUGACUUUGUGGCCUGCCCCCCUGAUGAAGAGGAAGGCCCCUCCAGAUCAGACCAGCCCAACUAGAACACAAAAAUGACAAAAUGCAGCUCUUAGAAUUUACUUUUCUUCUGUAAUAUUUUUACAGUUUUGGUUACCUCUUUCCUCCUCUCACUCUUUGUUUUUGUUCAUGUAGUGUACAGAACCUUACUUGGAGAAAGUUGGAGUUAACUGUUUUAAAUCUAUUGCCCAUAGCUAUGCUAUUACUUCACUUUGGGGGAAUUAGAAGCUCAAAUUACAUUACACCACAGUUAUAUAAGUGAAGAUUUGUAUUUUGCUCUUACAGUUGGAACAGCCCACCAAGCUGCAGUUGCUCAUCAUGGACAGCCUUGUGUACUUCAACCAUUUUUUUCUGCUCUUUAUGCCCUGUUUUGUCUUCAUUGUUAUAUGAUAAAUAACUACUUCUG